AUGCGGAGAAGCAACAAGCUACCGAAGCAGCAGAAGCAACAAGCUAACCUCCAGCAGCUAACUCGGUCGGGGGGGGACGAGGCGUGUUAACAUGCAAAAGUUUAGAAACCCCGAACUUCGCCUCGACUAGUCACCAUACUAACGUUUAACGAGACUCCAUAAGACCCUCUAAAACAUGGACCAUAGCUCGUUUUUGUAAAUAGUUGUUUUUUGUAGUUAGAAGCUUUGAAUGUGUGAAAAGUCGCUCCGUGUCCUCCUCGUCGUUGAACAAGAUGGCAGCAGCAACAGUAGCCCCGUUGCAGAGUUUAACGGUGGUUCGGCUGUUUGUUGCUAGUCUGCUCUUCCACACUCUGAGGGAUGCGUUUCACUCUUCCUACUGAAGGUAUGGCCUCGCAAAUAUUGGCCUACCCAUCACACCUGCACUCAGCUCAAACAAGUGCCUUAGGAAAGAGCAACAGUGAUACCAGCAGACACGCAAGCGAAGCCCCCCGCAGUCAUAACACCAGCAGAGCCUUCGAGCAACGACCCCCGCCCAAGCCAUAUGUGAUUGGAGUCAACUACGGAAUUGCAUUGCCCAAUAACGUUAUCCCAUCUUCAGCUGGUUCUGAUCCAGGAAGGCCAAACUUGGGGCCACCAGUUGUUAAAACGGAGAGACCGGCUGAGUCCCAGGAUCACCAGAUUUCUAAGAGGGAAGCUGGAGGCUUGGAGUGUGGGUUACUGACUAAAGCCUGUUUAGGAGCAGAGGGGGAGGAGGGCGAAUACAGAAGAGCUCAAGUAAGAGGAGGUUACAACAGCCUUCUUGAUUCCGGUGCCUCCCAGAUAUGUGAACAGAAGGCAGGUGAAGGUGGGCAACGACAGCGGGAGAGCAACACCAUCAGAACCAUGCAGAUAGUGGAGGACGUACCUGCUAUGCCAUCACUUCCUCUACCAGUGGCCAUGUUGCAGACCAACACUGGGAACAAUGCAGACCCUGCUCGAGUCGGGGGUGGAGGAAAUCUCACCACUCAGCACAGCAGAGCCGAGGCGGCGACGGGCGUCGGCGUAGCAGCCGACGGGCCUGAGCCCUCUGGCAAUGAGGUCACGGCAGGCGCCACGGUAAACAGGAACGGAUCAGGAGACGGCGACUAUCAGCUGGUGCAGCACGAAGUCCUUUACUCGCUGAAGAACAGCUACGAGGUUUUAGAGUUUCUGGGUCGAGGGACAUUUGGUCAGGUGGUGAAAUGCUGGAAGAGGGCGACAAAUGAAGUGGUGGCCAUCAAAAUCCUGAAGAACCACCCAUCCUAUGCACGCCAGGGACAGAUUGAGGUGGAGAUCUUGGCUCGGCUGAGUAGUGAAAAUGCGGAGGAACACAAUGUGGUCCGGGCUCUGGAGUGUUUUCAGCACCGCAGCCACACCUGCUUGGUGUUUGAAAUGUUGGAGCAAAACCUCUACGACUUCCUGAAACAGAACAAGUUCAGCCCACUGCCACUGAAAAUCAUCAGACCUAUUCUGCAGCAGGUGGCUACAGCUCUCAGGAAGUUGAAGGAUCUGGGAUUGAUCCAUGCCGACUUGAAACCAGAAAACAUCAUGCUGGUGGAUCCAUCCAGGCAGCCAUACAGAGUUAAAGUCAUUGAUUUUGGUUCUGCAAGCCAUGUCUCCAAGGCCGUGUGCUCCACUUAUCUCCAGUCCAGAUACUACAGGGCUCCAGAGAUCAUUUUGGGUCUGCCGUUUUGUGAGGCCAUUGACAUGUGGUCGCUUGGCUGCGUGAUCGCCGAACUCUUCUUGGGCUGGCCCCUUUACCCUGGAGCACUGGAAUAUGACCAGAUCCGGUACAUCUCCCAGACGCAGGGCCUGCCUGCAAUGCAGCUGCUCAACAAGGGGACGAAGACCACACGUUUCUUCACCAAAGAGUCAGACUCUCCCUACGCCUCCUGGAGACUAAAAACGACAGAGGAGCAUGAGAAAGAGACGGGACUUAAAUCCAAAGAGGCCAGAAAGUACAUAUUCAGCUGUCUGGAUGACAUAGCACACGUGAACCUGGUGUUGAGUCCUGAUACCAGCGACAUGCAGGCAGAGAAGGCAGACCGGCGCGAGUUUGUCUCUCUCCUGAAGACCAUGCUGUUGAUCGAUGCCGAGGACAGGACCGUCCCCUCCAGUGUCCUUAAUCACCCCUUCCUCACCAUGACUCAUCUGUUGGACUACCCUCACAGCAACCAUGUUCAAUCAUCGUUCCGCAUCAUGGACAUGUGUCACACCCGGCCCAGCAGCGCCGUCUUUGAUGCAUUGAACCAGAACACCAUUCAUCUGCCCAGAGCCCCCUUAGCUCCAGCUGGGUCCUCUGGCCUUCCAAUGAGCUACGGCAACAUGCAGGUCCAUACCCAGUCGAUCUCCCAGUCUGCCACAUCCUUGUUGCAUCCUGGGAUAGCUUUAACAGGAAACGGGCAGUUCGGGUGCAAUGACUCCUUCCCGCCUGCCCUCCUCCUCUGUCCUCCCACAAUGCAAGGUAACCUUAAUCAGCCGGCAACCUAUUCUGUCCCCAUGGUAACUCAGGCCCCUCCCAUACAACCUCUACCUGUGAGGCCUGGAGUAAUAGCUCAGCAGGCCUGGUCUGGCCGAGGCCAGCAGCUGCUGGUGCCAGCAGCGUGGCAGCAGAUGACUCCUGUGGGGCCCCCACCCUCUCACCCACCUCAACCGCCCCCUCCUGCCCUUACCGGUGACACCACGGCUGGACCACAAAGGAUAGGUGACUGGGGAAAAGCUCGCCCACACAACAGCCACUACAGCGCAGUGAUGCAGCAGCCUCUCCUGACCAAUCAGAUGCCAUCCCUUUCUGCACAUCAGCCAAUCAACAUCGGCAUAGCUCAUGUUGUGUGGCCGCAACCAGCCAAUAAACGGAACAGACAAGGGCACAACCGGAACCUGUCCCACCCUAGCAACGUUCAAGUAUCAGCAUGUCGGUCUCCCAAAAUGGCCGACGUCGUCGGGCAUGCAGUGGCAGGAAGAGGGCAGCCGCAGAGGGAGGCGCCCCUGGUGGAAUCCCGACGACCAGAUAUCCAAAAAACAAAUGUGGAAAAAGAUGGCCCAGAGCUGAAAGAAAACUGCUUUAAAGAGACAACGGCAAGUGGAAACAGACAGUUAGACGCGUCCAGGCAGCCGCAACGCGACGUGGCGGUCCUGAUGGCCGACACGCCGAGUCCGGCUCCCAGCGUGAUCAGUAUCCGUAGCGAUCUGAGUGAAGAAGAGGACCAGGUGGGAAACGAAGGCGGUCAGGGAUGCCAUCUGAAUCAAUGUAAAGGAAAAUGUGGAUGUGAGGCUUGCAGAAACACCAGUGUGUCGAUGGAGAGGGUGUGUUCCCUCAGCAGCCCUGACAGCAGCCUCAGCACCAGUUCCUUCGCCUCCAACUCUCUGCAGUCCAGCCCUUCCGUCUCACCGUGCAAAAGGCCAAACAGCAUGUCUGAGGAUGACGGCCAUGAAAGCGGCUGUGACACGGUGGAAGGCUCGCCCUCAUCGGACACGUCAAAAUCCCAGCACAGCAACAGCGCCUACCGUUACCUUGACAACAACCGCUCUCCUUUAGCUGCCGUGUUGGCUCCGCUAACCCCCCCCUGUGAGCAGGACCGGAGCCCCAGAGGCAUCAGGACCAUGAUAGUUCCACCGAUGAGGGUGCAGACCAACAGCAGAACCCACAAGCUGCAGGAGCGAGUCCAGAGAACAGUCUCAGAAUCCUGGUCCCGAUCCAAAGGGUGCUGCAGCCUCCUAGGACAGCAGAGUACUGCCUCCUCCGUCCCCCUCCUGCCAUCCGCCCCCAUCCUGACGCGGCAGCAGAACCACCUGGUCUUUGGUCAGCAAUUCGCCUCCAACCUCAGCAGCAAAGAGUGGAACGGAAACUACGCGCCGCUGCGGCCGCACGCCUACAUCCCCCCCACUGUCCACACACACACCUUCACACACCUGCACCACAGCAGCCCCACGCACACCUCCACCGCCCCCCACACCCUGCUCUCCUACCCCUCCAGCGGGCCCCUCGCCGCCGCCCAUCACCCCAUCCUGCCCUCUCGCCCUCCCCCUCUCCUCCAGCAUGGCUUUGGGCUCUCUCACCCCCAAGGCGGAGCGCUGCUCCACCAGGUCACCCUGGGCAUCAGCGCACACCCCCACCACCCCGCCGCCACGCACCGGCUCCUUCCCUCCCCGACUGUAAACCCCCACCAUCAACCCAGCUACACCCACCACCCCCACCAGUUCAAGCCGCCCUUUCCUCCCCCGCCCCCACCUCACCCAUACUUGGCCUCCCCCGCCGCCUUCACAGGCUUCCACCUGAGCCCCACCAAGCUCAGCCACCACCCCCAGUUCUCCUACAUCUGAGGAGCGGCACGGAGGAGCGGCGCCUCCUGCUGACCAGGAGGCUGAAGGAGAAAUGGGGCGGGGCUGCAACCUGGGCAGGGAGACCCCCCCUCAGCAGAGCACAACACGAACACUUCUGUUGAGGAAGAGGAGUGUUUUUAUUACCUGGAUGAAUUAAAGAAGUGAUUUAAAGAACGUUUUCUGUAAUUGACGGGUUUGUCUGUUCAAGCAGAGACUUCCUGUUGGAAGACUUUCCUCUAAACGCGUCUGUUCGUUACCUCCUGUCAACGAUCCGAUCUUAAUAAAGGCUGGAAAUGAUUUUUUUCCCCUUGUUUGUUGGUUGGGGUCGUUCAGCCUCCGUUCCCUUUAUCUGUGUUGCCUUGCAGCUCGGAUCUGCUGGUUCGGCAGCGCAAACCCGGAUCCAAGUCUCCUGUUAGUGUGACCAGUUCCUUCUAGUGCCUUAACCUUCUUCUCCAGUCUUUGUCACUUCAGGACGGUUUAGAUUGUAGGUUUGAAUUGAAAUGGGCUUGCAGCACUUAACCUCCAGGCUCUGUGAGCGACGGGCUUUGAACAGCGGAUGAGGAUCAGAUGUUGGGCUUGUUUUACUUUCCACUUUUUAACUCGGCGUGGGUUUAAUCGGACUAGAGGCUGCACAUACAGGGCUCUGACUGAAUUAGCUUUUAAUGUACAUAAAGAGUGAUUUGAUAUUUUGAUAAUCGAUUUCUAUUCACUAUAGUACUUAAUUCAUAACAGUAUUGUCACUGUUUACUGUAACUGCAAUACAAUCUAGAUCCUCUGGGUUGCUGUGUUUUUAUUAUCUUGCAUUUAGGCUUGAUUUGCAUCCAUGCGUUUUAGUUUUUGGGAGUGGCGUGAACUUUAAAUGUUUUUAGCUUCUACCAUUCUUCUCAGUGUUGGAAGUAACCUAUCGAUUUAACAGUAUCACUGCUGGGCUUUGGAGUAUUAGUCGUAUCAGUAAUUAUUGUCGACGGAGCUUUUAUCCCCCUUUUCCCCCCGCGAGUGUCGAAACCCGUCGUCGGUUUUCAUACAUUCCUUCAGGGUGGAAGCGAAGCCGUGAUUAUUAUUAUUUUUGUUUUGUGUGCGUUUUUUUUUUUCCCGGUGUGUCGUUAUCUUUAGCCGGCGUUUCACUCCAAUCAACACCAAAGACUUUUCUCGUUAAUCAUUUCGGAAGCACGGUCGAUCAUAUUUCUGUCACCUCCGGUGUAUAUCGUUGCAGUCGUGGAUUUAAUAUUUUCUGGAAUAUAUUGUAAAAUCUCUAUUUUAAAGAUGAUUAGAGGUUGAGGUUUUAUUUUUCUGAGCUGUUUGCUAAUUGUAUUUGGAAUGUAUAGAUAAUAAGCUGCUAUGUACUGAUUAUCCGCCACUUGGUAGCUGUGAAUUUAGAGGAUUAAUCUCUUUCUGGCCUGCAGUCUCUGCUUAGUGUUGUAGUUUGGACAGCUAGAUGAAGCAUCCGUGGAUCUUCUUCUGAUCAUAGAGUGCAUUGAAUGCUACUCCUUUAUGCUAGUGCCUCUGUAUAUUGACUUUGUUGUUUUUGAAGUGUUUGUAAACUGCUGUAUUGGAAGUUCAGUUUUCCUUUUUUUUAUUAUUCUGUUUCUUUUGGGUGUGUGUGUGUAUUUAGCGUCAGUAUUUCAAACGUAGGCUGGGUUCGCUCUUCGAUUCUGUAACCGUUGUGAUGUAUUACCGUCUUUCCUUUCCACGCGCGGCUUUUUAUUUCCGUUAUAGGACUGUAUUUUGCAACUCUCCGUACUGUAUAACGUAGUGCCUUUUCCUCCGCCGGUGGCCGAUGGACGAUGUGUGCGAUAUCAAAGCGGUCGGUCAGAUGUAGGCUGAGCUCCUUUCUGGGGUCGGAUCCUGUAUCCGCGUGAUGAAACCCCCCAAAGUUUUGUUCACAAGACGAAGGUGAAAACAAUCUUGCGUUCGAUUUUAUUUAAAAUUUUUACAGAAUCCUAAGAAAAUCCUAAAUCAGGGAAUGUUUUACUCACCAAGAACACCGUGCAGCACUAAAAUCCAUGGGGCCUGAGUGACGUUCACAAAUGCAAAGCUUUAUCUCUCAUUGUGAAUGUAUUUGUGGAAGUCAAGAAAUCAAUAUUUGGUUUGAAAGUAAAGUGUUUUUCACAGUUUUGGGUGUUGAUAGUACUUGUAUGCAGCUAUUACCAUUGGUAGACAUUGUUUUGUAAGGGGUCUGUUUUUUUUUUUCUUCCUUUUUUUUAAUGCUUUAUCCAUCUGUCAUAAUCAAGGUUUAGGUCCAAAGGUUUCCCUCCCUGAUCUCAUUAUUACAGAACAGUGGAAUGGUUUUAUGUUUUUAGGUAUUUGGGUGUAUUUUUUUGUUUGCUAUUCUACUGUUUGCUCAUGUUUAAGGUUUAGUGUUUGUGCUCACCCAAUGGUUUCUGGUUUAUUAUUUUGUGGUGUGCAUCCCUGCCACCCCCUGGGGACUGGUGGCGCCCCAUGCUGUAAUCCCAGCCACCACCACUUUGGACUGAUUGCUUUGGGCGGGUAAAUCCCCAGCACAUGGAGCCCUGUAGCCUUUAGCAUCACAACAGGCCUAAAAACGUUUAAAACCAAAGUUAAUGCUUCUAAAAGCUUGUGGUGAGCUUUUUUUUUUAUCAGGUGAUGUAAUCCACAGCACCCUGAUCACUGGGAACCAACAUAAAAUAAAAAAUCUCAUAUCAAUCAACAUGUUCAUGCUGCAGAAUAUGUAGAUGAACUUCUGCUUAAUUUGAAUCCAUAUGAAAUUAAACUUGAUUGAUCAUGUUUAGGCACAAACAUGUCGACACAAUUGCAAAAUUGAAGCUGUUACUGUUGGAAAUGUGUGUAAAAUUUUGUGGCUUUAUGAUUUUUAUUCCUUGAUUUUUUGUUUGUUAAUCCUAAAUGCUACUCUAGUGUGACUUGUAGCCACUGCACUGUGCAAUAUACAACCAUAUAUGAGGACUGGGAAAAUAAUUGUUUGGAUGUAUUGAUGUGUGUCUUAACAGUUUGCGGUCACCCCCCCUCCCUCCCUCUCUAGUUCUCAGUGAGUUUCAAUGUGACCAAGCCUUAUGUACUUUGUCACAAAAAGCGGGUUCCUUCUUGGUGACUCUUAUUGGUGAGUGUCAAAUUAUGAAUUUAUUGUAUAAUAUGUUGAGAUUCACUUUGAAUUAAAAAAAAAUCUUUUGCUUCA